UGUUGAUUAAAAAUAAAUGAGUAACUCCAUUUCGGAAAGAUGCAUACUAGAUUGAGCUUUGACCCAGUUUAGAAGAUGCGGAGAUCGAGCUUCCGGUGAUUUGGGGAAAGCUUUCAGGAUGUGCUGGCUGUGCAGGACUGCUUACGAUUAAGCUCGCGUUGGGAGAGCUUUUCGGAAACGUCUUAUGAAAGAUGCAACACCUAAAAGCUCGCAGGCGCAAAGCUUCAGCCGAAAGAGAGGACGAGCUGCAACCCCUUACAGGAUAAUUCUGCGAGACCCCCUUGUGCGGGUACUGGAAUGGGCUUUUCGGAGUCAACAAUAAAAUUUUCAGUCAGCUUUGAGACGCAGCAGCCGCAGCAGCAGCAGCAGCAGCAGUAGCAGCCACCGCUGCAGGAUUUAGCGGUCGGUACAACCAGGAGCAGCAGGAGUAGAGAAUUUUCGCGUCAGGAUGCGGAGUCGCACGGAACUGGUGACCACCACUUUCGAGGAGAGCGACGAGGAGGACUUCAGUCCGGACGAUUCCGACUCCGAGGAGGACUGGCGGCCCACCAAGAAACGUCCCUCCAAGCCAUCUGGCUCCGAUGGCGCCAGGAAGCGGAAAUCGACGGCGGCCACUGCCACUGCCUCCAAGGCCAAGCGCCGGAUGGCCAAGGUGAGCGACGAGGAGUCCGACGAGGAGGAUGACCUAGAAACGGAACCCAGCGACGACGACUUUGACUUCCCGUCGGCCAGCACCUCGAAGCGACCCCAGAGUCUGCCCCCCAAGAAGCAGUUUGUUAAGUUGAAUCAGCUGGACCUGCUGGUGAAAAAGUCCGAUCUUAUGGAAGACGACUGGCUGAAGAACAAUCGCUUGUGUCUGUGGCGCAAGGACGAGCAGACGAAUCUACUCCAAAAGUAUCUGCGGGUCAAGUCCGCUGCCGGGGAGGAGGAGCUGCUCUUCACCUCCAGUUCCGUAUACUCCAGCUGCGAUGAUCAGCAGACGAGCGACUUCAUAGAGGUCAAAGUCAACUGCUUGGAUCCCAACAAUCGGCGCAUUAAACUACACGACCUGGAGGCGGUCAAGAAAAUCUCCGUGGAACUGCAAUCUCAGCGAAAUAGCAAAUCCACAUCUGACAAGGAAGACGAUUCGGAGGCAGAGGCGGAGGAGGAGGAGGAGGAGGCGGAGGAAGCGAAGCCAAAUGAAGCUGAUUCUUAAAGAACUACUAAAUAUACGCAGAACUAACAUUUUCAUUAGUAUUUAGAACUAGUUGGCCAAGUUAGCGUUAAACACCAAAUUUCCCUAUAACAGCUAUGUGAAAACCACUUUAAAUUUAAUUUAGUAAAUUAAAGAAGUAAAUUAAAGAAGAACAUCAAAGAA